AUGUUCAGUGUACGAAAUGAAAGUCAACAACUCUCCUUGGAGCUCCGUAUGUGUGAUGGUGGCACAGCCAUCUGCAAAAUGAACAAACUCCUUUUGCUGUUCAUUCAGUUGAUUCCUAGGGGCUCCCCAUGUAGCCAAGGGGUCCAGGAGAUCCUUGUCAAAAAUCCCCUUGUUGAUCAAGAACUAAUGCAAGACAAAACCAGCAGGUUCACCUGCAAAGGAAAACCGAUUUACCAUUUCAUGGGGACCCCUACCUUUGUUCAGUACACUGUAGUAUCAGAUAUAAAUCUUGCUAAAAUCGAUGAUGAUGCAAAUUUAGAGAGAGUUUGUCUGUUUGGAUGUGGGUUUUCAACCGGCUACGGAGCUGCAGUCAACACUGCCAAGGUAAAAGUCACUCCUGGUUCUACUUGUGCUGUCUUUGGCCUAGGAGGAGUUGGUCUUUCUGCUAUAAUGGGUUGUAAAGCAGCAGGAGCUUCCAGAAUCAUAGCUAUUGACAUCAACAGUGAGAAGUUUACGAAGGCCAAAGCCCUUGGAGCCACUGACUGCCUCAAUCCUAGAAAGCUCGAUAAACCCACCCAGGAGGUCAUCAUUGAAAUGACCAGUGGAGGUGUCGAUUUUGCCCUUGACUGUGCAGGGGGACCUGAAACCAUGAGAGCAGCCCUGGACAGUACAACAGCAGGUUGGGGGUCAUGUACUUUCAUUGGAGUAGACUCUGAAAUGACAGGACUGAUGAUAUUUCCAGUGGAGCUAAUAAUGGGCCAUACCAUAAAUGGAACAUGCUUUGGUGGUUGGAAAUGCAUCGAUUCUAUCCCAAAGCUGGUUACUGACUACAAGAAGAAGAAAAUUGAUCUGGAUAUAUUGGUGACUCAUACCCUGCCUUUUGACAAAAUCAAUGAGGCAUUUGACAUAAUGAACCAAGGCAAAAGCAUUCGAAUAGUCCUGACCUUCUGAAGACAGCAGGAACAAUCUGGAAAUCUACCUGACUGAUUCUGAAUGGUUCCAGUUGAUUUGUAGCCUAUAAUAAGGAAACAAAGAUUGCCAUGAAUUUAAACAACUAUUUGUAGCUAUAUAAUUACUUAACAUCAAAUAGUUAUAAACAUCAUAGUAUCUGUACCCAUAAAGCAUGUUAAUAUUUCCUGUUUAGUAAGUAUGAUAACUGAUGUGUUUAUGAACAGAAUUAUGAGAAUUGUUUAAAACUAGUUCUGCAGGGGCGCUUGGGUGGCUC